AUGGUUCAACAAGAUCCUCAGGAAGUUGCGCAUCUGGUUGAAGCCCUGGAGGCCUCCAGUAAGAAGAAUAGACGCGAAGGGAAGAGAACAUUUACCUGCAAGAAAUCGACUUUCGCCGUGGCAGGCUCAGAUAUCUCUGUCGACUCCUGGAGGUUUAUGGACUGGGAUUACAAACGCAAUAAUCUUCCGACCUAUGCCCGGGGUCUGUUCACGAGCAAGAGGAAAGACGGCACUCCCGAGAUUGUAGUGCGCGGUUACGACAAGUUCUUCAAUAUCGAUGAAGUGCCUACUACCAAGUGGCACAGUAUCGAGACAAACACAAGGGGCCCCUAUGAGCUCAGUGUCAAGGAGAACGGGUGUAUCAUCUUCAUCUCCGGCCUGGAGGACGGUUCUUUACUUGUUUGUAGCAAGCAUUCGACUGGAGUUCGACAGGACGUGAACCUGAGCCACGCUCAAGCCGGGGAAAAAUGGGUCGAGCGUCAUGUUGCAUCCACAGGAAAAUCCGUCAAGGACCUGGCCAGAGAGCUGCGCAGGCUCAACCUUACCGCUGUUGGAGAGCUCUGUGACGAUAGCUUCGAGGAGCACGUCCUUGCUUACGAUCCGGUGGCUGCAGGAAUAUAUCUUCACGGCCUGAAUUUCAAUGUACCACAGUUUGCGACGUUGCCGAGCUCAGAAGUACAUAAAUUUGCAGAUGCAUGGGGGUUCAAGAAGGCCAAAUUCCUCGUAUACGAUGACAUCCAUUCGGUCAAGAAGUUUCUCGAUCACUGCGCUGAGACCGGCACUUGGGAUGGCCGUGAGACGGAGGGAUUUGUCAUCCGGUGUCAGCUAAGGGAAGCGGGAGGCCCGUACAUGGACUGGUUCUUCAAAUACAAAUUCGAGGAGCCAUACCUGAUGUAUCGACAGUGGCGUGAAUGUACCAAAGCGAUUAUCGCCGGGAAGUUUCCGACCAUCAGAAAGCACCAGAAAAUUACCGAAGAAUAUCUUCAUUAUGCUCGGAGGCAGCUCUCCCAAAAUCCCAAGCUGGCCGACCUCUAUAAGCAGAACCAUGGGAUCAUCUCCAUGCGGGAAGGAUUUCUCAAGGAGAGAGGCUUAAAAGCAUCAGAUAUCAUCGCGAUGGAAGCCGGGAACCGUGAGAAGGUGACCCGAGAGGUCAUUCUAGCACCUAUCGCUUCACUUGGCUGUGGGAAAACAACACUGGCUCUCGCUCUAACCAAGCUUUUUGGCUGGGGCCACGUCCAGAAUGAUAACAUUCCCAAACAAAAGAACAAACCGAAGAAGUUUGCAUUCGAAGUCGCCAAUCUCCUCGCGGACAAACCAGUCGUGAUCGCGGAUCGCAACAACCAUCAGAGGCGGGAGAGAGAGCAGCUCAUGGAAGAUAUACUCCCUGGGUUUCCAGGCGCACGGCUUGUAGCUCUUCACUACGUUCACGAACCGAAAGACGUUUUACUUCCUUCAAUCAGAGAGGUCACGCGCAAACGAGUCCUAGAGCGAGGAGACAAUCACCAGACCAUUCGCGCGGGAACGAAGAACUCGGAUGAGAUUAUCGGCAUCAUGGAAGGCUUCUUGAACCGAUUCGAGGGAAUUGACACGGAGCGCGAACCCGACAGCGGCUUUGACCAUGUCAUCGACUUGGAUGUUGCGGCAUCUUCUCGAGAGAACCUCGAAACCGUGGUGAACGCGCUGCAUUCAUUCUACCCGGAUCUUCUGCAGCGGGUUCCCACGUCGCAGGAGCUCGACGGUGCUAUCAACUGGGCGAUGACGGAUUACCAUGUCCAAAUGGACCUUAGCUACAGCUACGGAUCCACGAAGCCAAGCCAGAAAUCGAACAAGAACAAGGGUCAGAAUGGCGCUGUGCCGACCCCAGCACACGCUCCGGCCCCAGCUCCCACCCCAAGCCCCGAAGCACUAGCCCAGAAGAUCGAAUAUUUCUGCAUCUCUAUCCCAACAGCUGAGGUCACUAGCCUCCUGCAUUCGCUCUUCCCACCUUCCACACCCCCGGAAAAGGCACGUCUGUACCAUCAUCUUGUCAACUCGCGCCGCCUCCAGCCCACCUUCCACGUCACCCUCAUCCACCGCGCCAGCAAGUCCGAGCGCGCCGAUAUCUGGGACCGCUACGCGAACCAAUACAUCGCCAAGAUGAAGGAGCAGCCGCAGGCCCAGACCGCAACCCCCGUCCUGACUCCAACCCUGGCGCCCGCGCGGGUGCGCCUCGAGCGUCUCAUCUGGGACGACCGCAUCAUGGCCUUUGUCGCGCGCAUCAUACCCCCCGAGGACCGCGAGCAACCCGACUGGCCGUGUGCGAAUCCCAUCCCGCACGUAACGGUCGGCACCGCCUCGGCGGAGGUCAAGCCCAAGGAGAGCAAUGACUUGCUGCAGAGGUGGCUGGAGGUUGGAUCGGGCGGGGAGACUGGGAUCUGGGAGGCGGAGAUCCCCGGCGUCAAGGUUGUGCAGGGCUCAGUCGGGUUGGUGAUGAGCCGGGGGAAGUUGCUGAAAUGA